AUGGCAACAGAGAAGGAAGGAGGCAUUGUGAAGAAAGGCCACGAAGAAGGCCUAAAAUUCGCGGUAUCUCUUCUCGAACAAUUCGAACUCCCGGCAGGACUUCUUCCACUGGCGAAUGUGAUCGAAGUGGGAUUUGUCGAGAGCACGGGCUACAUGUGGAUUAUGCAGGAGAAGAAGAUUGAACAUAAGUUCAAGAUCAUCACCAAACUGGUUAGCUAUGACAGCGAGAUAGAUGGCUACAUCGAGAAGAAGAAGAUCAAGAAACUCAAGGGAGUGAAGGCUAGGGAGCUCUUGCUGUGGCCUCCGGUGAACCAGAUCACUGCGGAUGAUCCGCCAACCGGGAAGAUUCACUUCAAGAGCCUCGCCGGUAUCACCAAGACUUUCCCUGUUGAGGCUUUUGCUCUUGGCCAGUGA